CCCGCCACGGAGCAGCGGAAUUCAAAUUUUCAAAACAAACCCGAGCUUGUUGUUUCAGCAUGCAGCAAAUGUUUACUGGGUGAGAGCGGGCUGCGGACACGACCCGGCCGCUGCUUUGACGUGGACGGGAACAUGGAGGCGGACGACAAGCUCGCCAAGGAUUUGAGCUCGGGGGAGAAAUCGGCGGAGGCUCCGAUGCCGCCGACAAUCGAGGACUUCAUCGUGUUGAAGCCCAUCAGCCGCGGCGCUUUCGGCAAAGUUUACCUCGCCAGGAAGAAAUGCAAAGCCCAGCUGUAUGCCAUCAAGGUGAUGAAGAAAGCCGACAUGGUUGACAAAAACAUGACGGGGCAGAUGAAGGCGGAGAGAGACGCACUGGCUCUCAGCAAAAGCCCCUUUGUGGUUCACCUCUUCUACUCCCUGCAGACUGCAACCAAAAUCUACCUGGUGAUGGAAUACCUUAUUGGUGGAGAUGUGAAGUCCCUCCUUCACAUCUAUGGAUAUUUCGACCAGGAUAUGGCUGUAAAGUAUAUUUCAGAGGUAGCACUGGCUCUAGACUACCUCCACCGCCACGGGAUAAUCCACAGGGAUUUGAAGCCAGACAACAUGCUCAUAACCAACGAGGGCCACAUCAAGCUCACAGACUUUGGGCUCUCCAAAGUCAAGCUUGACCGAGAACUGAGUCUCGUGGAUAUCCUGACAACCCCGUCCUUGGCAAGACCAAAAAAAGAUUACUUCCGCACGCCUGGCCAAGUGCUCUCCCUCAUCAGCUCCCUUGGAUUUAACACACCUGCAUUCGAAAACAAGCGGCACAGCAAUGCACAGUUCAGUCCCAUGUCUUGUGGCAAAAUAGACCAAAGGAAAAACUCCUUUUGUUCACCCCUGAUGAAAAAAAAAGAUCACCUGAGCUCUCCGAUUUGCUAUUCUCAGAAACUGGGGCCCACCAAGAGUAUCUUCAGCCCGCAUACACUGGCCAAGAAUCUGACUCCCACGCUGCUGAAGACCAGGAGGCGGUUUGAGACGCUGAGUGCAGGCAGCACCACCGACUCUGAGGGUGGAGUCAGUCCACUGUGGGAGUGCGAGGAGAAAGAAAAUGCACACAUUGAUGAAAAGAAAGGGAGAGGGCAGUCAGCGUCAUCUGAGGCAAAGCGCAGAUUGGUGAACUCUGAGCCAAAAGGUCCUUACAACACUGAGUUCCCCGUUCAGGCCAGCAAAGGACAUUUGGGUGACAUUCCUGAGGAACAGUCAACAAAGCCGCAACCAGACAAUCUUACAGGGGAGAGGCCUCAAAGCAACAAAGUUGAACCUCCUUCUGCACUUCAAGAUGACACUCUUCCAGAAACGAUGGGCCGUAGCCAAAAUGCAAAGCCCUCAUCUGUGAAGAGGACGUUCUCGGAUGUGGAAAGAAGUCCAGAGCCAUUGCAGACCCAAACCAAGAAGUGCAACUCAGAGUACAAGAGAUGCUGUGAAAUUCCAGAGGAGGUUGCAAGGUUUCAUACCGGCUUGACUGGGACAUUUUCCACCGUCACCUUAGACGACGUCAGGCACUUCUCCGAGGGGAGGGAGUUAGUUGAAGAAAAAGUCCUGAAGUGCACCAGUCCUCUCGCUGUGGCCAAAAAUCUCUUCUGUGACCUGGAAGAGCCAGGAGAGGAUGUGUUUGUGGAUGGCGCUAGAGAUCUGUCGAAUUCAAGUUUGACGUCAACGUUUUCUGAGGACCGUGACAUUUGCAGGAGCUUGAGCCUUGACUCUGACGGCUCCAUGCAUGAAACAUCGCUCACUGUUGACAGCCAGGCGUCCCUGAAGCCAAGCCACUGCUCCAAAAACAGGAAUUCAUCAUCAUUCGAGGAAAUGGAGGAAAUUAAAGACUCAGCCCUCAGUGAAUCACUAACCCACUCUCCUGUUGCUGUCAGCACUGAAACACCCAAACUAGGCAAUUCUGUCCGCAGAGGUGAAUUUCAGUGUUUCGGCCUCAACCGGCUUCCCAAGUUGGCCAAUGGCAUCGCACAAUCGCCCUCGUUCCUCAAGCCCAAAAAUGUCGUAGCUUUCCGCAGCUACUGCAGCUCCAUCGACCGCUCCAACAUGUCCUGCACCUCCCAUCUCAGCAUCGGGUCUGUGGACGCCAUGGAAACGUCCAUGUCAGCCUCUUGCCACACCGUACCUGCUGCUGUAACACCUGUGCAGAGAAGGCCCAGGUCCAGUAGCUCUCUGUGUGAGACUCCUCAGCCGAUGACGACCUCCAACACCCCUUUCAGGACGCCGAAGAGUGUCCGAAGGGGUGCACAGCCUGUGGAGGGUGCACCCAUUUUAGGAACCCCUGACUAUUUGGCUCCAGAGCUUCUCCUGGGGAAACCGCAUGACUUCAUGGUGGAUUGGUGGGCGUUAGGUGUGUGUCUCUUCGAGUUCCUCACUGGCGUGCCGCCUUUUAACGACGAGACUCCCCAGCUGGUCUUCCAGAAUAUUCUCAACAGAGAUAUUCCCUGGCCUGAGGAAGAGGAGCAACUGUCUGACAACUCCAGGAAUGCCAUUGAGAUUUUACUGACCAUGGACAUGACCAAACGGGCUGGCCUCAAAGAGCUGAAGUGCCACCCUCUCUUUGAGGGCUUGGACUGGGACAACCUGCAGAAUCAGCCGAUGCCCUUCAUUCCCCAGCCGGAGGAUGAAACCGACACCUCCUAUUUUGAAGCACGAAACAACGCUCAGCACCUCGCUGUGUCCGGCUUCAGCCUAUAGAGUCAGACACACAACAAACAUUAACGGAUAAAAAAAAAAAAAGCAUUUUUAAUAGACCGGCAGUCUGCAGAUACUGGCAGUCGAUGACCUGGCUUUCAUUAUGAAAACCUAAUCUAAAAAUCAUACCUCUAAUUAAUACAUAUCACCAUGAUUUGAUUUUUUUUUUUUUAAGAAGCAUUUUAUCUGUGUGCAACUAUCAGUAAUGAGGCAGAGAAAAGCCUGAAUGGCAGUUGGCUGGCAGUUGGCUGACUAACUUGGCAGCUUCACUGCUCAUUAACUCAUAUGGAGAUAGGCAUGCUACGAAGUGUUUUCCCUCCCCUGUUAGACGUUUCCCUGUAGUUUUCUCCAUUAUGAUGCUGUUCUACAAGCAAAGCACUGUUUGCUGCUGGUUUGCCACAUAAUAGGUAACAGUUUUCCUUAUUGCAAUGGUGUUUUAUUGAUCAAACACAAAGUAAAAGUAUUAUGUGAAUUAAUGCAACUGUAAAAAAAAAAAAAAAAAAGAUCAAUGCCGCACUUUCUGUCUGGUGUGAAGUACUUACGUUUUUCCUCACCUUUCAUGGUUG